AUGGGGAAUCCUCGGGCGGGGGCGCGCGGGCCGGCGUCCCGCGGCCUGUCUCUCCCUGGCACGGACGGAAGCGCGACGUUGGAGGCCCGCAGGCGGGUGAAUCUCCAGACCAAGUGCUUCGAUCCGACAACCACAAGAUUCAAGUUCCUGUCUUUUGCAGAAAAACUUCAAAUCCAGUUGAAGGAGCAAACUUCGCCGCUCCACAGCACAGGCCUCCUCGACCUUCUGGAAGAGCAGAAGGCGCUCCUCGAAAGAAGCGUGGGGUACGCAGGCUUUGGAAAGCGAACGCGAGCGGACAGCCUGUUUGCCGGCGACGCCGAGGCAGAGGAGGAAAGACGAAAGCGGCGCAGAACAGAAGAACUGCAGUUCUGCGCGCUCCGGGAGGUUAUCCGGCACCUCGCCGCCGUGCACCACCCCCCAACCGUCUCCGCGCUUUUGUCAGAGCUCGCGCCUCUUUGCGACUCUCUACCGCUUCUUCUCUUCCACUGCGAACGAAUCUUGCAGUCUCUGCUCCGACUCCUUCUCCAGGACGAGGCAAUUGUCGUCGUCCUCAGUCUCCUGCAGGCCUUAGCCAAGGAUUUGCGGUCGGAGUUCGUCGCCUUCCUUCCGUCCGUGUUCUCUUCCCUGCUUCUCCUUUCUCGCCAACUGGAAUUGACAGUCGACGCUGAGCGCCUACGGCUCCUCUUCUCGUGCAUUGGGAGCAUUUUUAGGUACCUCGCCCGCCCUCUUCUGCGCGACUUUGACUUCGCUCUCGCCCUGUUCACGCCAUGGCUGUGCGGCGACGAUGUCCCUUUUUCUUCGGAGAGCGAAGCAACCGCCGACGAGACACGUGCGGGAAAGGCGCGCGCUGGACGGAAGUUGGCGGCGAAGAUUGGCGGGCUUGCAUGCGCCUCCAGCGCCGAGAGACGGCGGGGCGCCGCGCCGGCAGGAGGCCAGAAGCCGAAAGCGGAAAGGCGCAAAGAGGCGCAGACGAAUAUUUCGGAGGAGGCAAUGCUGUCUGUUGGGAAGAAAGGGAAGACUAUGUCCAACGAAAUCCGACUUUUGGCUGCGCGAGCGUUCGCCUGCCUGUUGCGGAAGGCUGGCGGGGUAGAAGAAGGCGACUCUGGAGACCUCCUCUGCUGUAUAGAGAUUCUGUUCAGACACAUGAGCCGGUGCUCGCCCUCCGCGCGCGAGGCGUACGGAGAAAGCGUGGCGGUGAUUCUCUUUGAGAGCGUGAAGUCCGUCCAGCUGUCCUUCAAGAGGCCUUUCGAGUGCGUCGUUCGCUUCCUCUUUGCCACCGUCCUGUUUCAGAAGCCCUACGCGGAGCAAGACGGGGAACGGUCCUGGUCCGCGUCUCUCCACAGCUUGGCCGCCGUUCCUGGCGACGAAGAGGAGGCGGAGAAGACAGGGAUGCAAGGACAGACAGACACGGAGGAGGGGGAAGCGCGAGAAGGGGGCGCGAACGGGAGCGCAGAACGGUCAGCGCAAGGCCGCGAGAGUGAGGAAGAAAGCCAGAACGGCGUUGGAGACGAUCUGUUUGCGCUCUACCGUACCCAGGUCCAGUGCCUCGUUUCCUUCCUUCUCCACGCUCGCCAACACACCAAGAGCCUAGAGAGUCCGGGAGCACAGCAGAUCGAGACGUUGCUUCUCGAAUUCGUUUCCGUUGCGGUCAAAGCGUCGCCUGCCUCGCUUCUUGCCGCUCUUUCCCGACUAGCGCAACCCUCGUCGGAUCUCCACGGUCACGGGCGAGAACAGGCCGAGGACGGAGACGCCAGGACAGGGGACGGCGAGGGACACGGAGGCUGCGCGUCGCGUUUCUCUCCGGCAUUCGCCUCGGCCCUCGCGUCUCCGUUCCACACUUACUUUUACAACUUUCCUGUUCCCCACCGCUUCAUAGACCACCCGUAUCUCUCUGGAGCGACCCGCCCGCGUUCGCCCCUCUUCUCGACCGUCUCUCGCGCCCUCGCCGCUUCAUCCACGGCCGCCGCCUCUCCACCGGCCUGUCCCCCUGCGGUUUCCCACUCCCCAGCGUCUUCCGUCUUCCUCGCCUACGGCCUUCUCACGCUGAUUGAAGUGACAGGCGCCUGGGUGUUUGCGCUGCCGCGCCUGGAAGGGUCUCUCGAUUCAUGUCUUUGUCGUCUGCUCGCGUCCCUCAGUCCGGGGCUCCUCCACAAAGGGGGGGCUGACAAAACAGACGCAUCCAAGAAAGAAAAGAAGAAGCGGGCGCGGGAAAGUUCUUUCUGGCGAGCGUCUGCGACCGAAAAAGAAGAACAAGAGAUCGAAAAGGCCCCGCUCAUUCUCCAGCCUCUCCUGGCCGCGUCGGUCUGUUUGCGCGAAGCGACGCUGAGGCAAGCCGACGCGGAAGCUGGCGCUCUUCAGGUCUUGCCUCUGAAAUCUUCGGCGCCCUGGACAGCGGCUGCCGCGGGUCCCUGGACCCGGCCGAAUGCGCACGAGCUGGAACUCCUCUCCUUCUUCUCCCUGCUUCUGCCUUGCGCUGUGCUGCGUCUUCUCUCGCUCCUCUGGCGCGCAGUCCCCCUCAGUUUCUGCAACGCCGUCAACGCUGUCUGGGCUUCCCCGUCUUCGAACUAUUUCGGCGGGCUCCUGUUUGUCCCCCUGAAUUUCCUGUCCGCCGCUUCGUCGCCGUCAGCAGCCGCGCUAGCGCGGCCAGAAGCCUCGGCGGGCGGGUUGCUUGAGGCGUACGUGAACUGUGCCCUCGCGUACACUUCUAUGUUGCAUGCGCACCUGGCCCCUUUCAAGGAGGAGACAUUGCGCCGCCAUGACUUCGUGCACGGUUUCGGCGUGUACUGCCUGAGGCCCACGUGCGGCUUCCUUCUACGCCUGCUCGCCUCGCAGUGCUUGCCCGCGGUGUCGCCUGCGCCCGCUGUCGCGUCUCUUCCGGCCUCUUCGGCUUCGGCCGCUCCGGCAGGAGCCGCCCUGGAGUGGGAAAGAAGCGCCGCAGCUCUGCUUCUCGCGCAGCAGGUCGAGGAGUACCUGGAGGCGUCGCCGUCGCGUCGGGAGGCGCCUAGCGGGACUGCCCCAGCUCCGCUUCAACAGACAGAGGAACGCCACGAAGGCCGUCUUCUGCUUUUGCAAACCAAGCAGAGCCUUCCGGAACUGCUGCUCACGGUCGCGGGUCGCCUGCGAAAGACGCGCUUCGCGUUCGAGAGGAAGGGGGCUCAAACUCAGUGCGCAACUCUUGACCAGGCCUCGAAAACGAGCGACGUGUCGGCUGCCGACACGGGGUCGCCUUCACAUUUUUCGGCGGCAGUUGCUUUCGUUUCGGCAAGUGAAGAACCAGGGCGGGCUGCGGCGAACGGACGCCUUGCGGACAACGACACAAGUCGCGAAAGGCGCGUCACGGUUACGGAGCCGACCAGGACAGUCGACGACUUGGCGUGUACCUACAGCAUGCUGUCUUCGCUCGUGGCGCUGCUCCAGGCGGUCGAGGUGCAUAAGCAUGUGUCAGGUGAAGGCGAGGAAGGGGGCGAGAGAGCGAGCGACCGGCGACGGGAAGACGUUCGGCGGAACCUGGCGGUGGUAGAAGACGAAACGUCGCAUUUGAUUUCUGUCCUCCUCGUUUGGCUGGCACGGAAGCUUCUCACCCUCCCAGUGGAUGUACAGCUGCAUGCUCACAGGGAGGUCGAACUUCUUCCUCGAGACUGUUCACUGUCUUGUGCACAAUCCGCAGAGAGUGGCGACACUCCGGCACGCGUUGCGUUGGCCGGAGUGGAAGGUGAAGAAUGGCGCGGGGGCGAAAAAGAUGUCGAGGCGGUUCUUCAUCUUCUUCAGUUUUGCUUUCUUUGCCUGGACACGGUGAACCCGUUGACGGUGCGUAGCUCUCGAGAACCUCAGCGGGAAGGGAAACAGGAAAUGGUCGGUGGAGACCCGCAAGGGCAAGACUCCAGCACCAACCGAAGCGCGGGUGGCCUUCCAGUUCCGCCUCUUCAACUCCUCGACAUGGUGAGGCACGUGGCGGAGAAAGUGAAAAGCAAAGCCGACAGGACGCAGGAGCCUUGUCCCUCGUUCUGUCUUCGCUCAGUUAUUUCGUCUUCGGCCUCUGCCUCCUUCUCGUCUUCGGACCUGUGGCUAGCGAUCAUCCUCUCUCUCUUUUCGUCGGGCAGUUUCCUGUGCGAGCAGAGCACUCCGGCUGGAUCCUCGUCACCGCGUCCAGCUGUGGCGCUCUUUUCCCCUCUUCUUCGCUCGGCCGCCUUCUGCCUUUCUUCCUCUUCGCCUGCAUCGUUCGGGGCGCGUCCUGGAGUUGAUCAAAUCCAGGCAACCGACCUAAGCAGUCGGUUUCCGCCGGAGGCUUUGGCACGUCUCCGUGACGUGGUCUCCCCUCACCUCGCCUCGAUUCUCUCUUGCUGCUCCUCGUCGCAUCGCCGCGCUCGCGAGGACGCCCUUUUCCUUCUUCACCUCUGCAUCCCCGUUCUGUGUUUGCCGGCUUCCGCCGCUUCUGCGUCUCCUGCCUCUGCGCGCUCGGCCUCGAACGAGGAAGACUCCGAUCUUCUGCCGGUCCGCCGUGCGUUCCAAGACGCCUGCAGCGCGCACCUGCAGGCUCUCCUGUCUUUGGAAAGGAUCCCCGUGGGGCUCGACACGGAGCGCAAACUGACAAAUGCGUACGACGCUCUAAGCCGCGGUGCGUCCUCGAUUUUCGCCCAGGGACUGAUUCUUUUCUCCCAGGAGGUCGACGCGGAGGGAGCGCCGGUAACCGACAAACCCCAAGACGACGCGAGAGCGAUGCGCUCGGAUGCGCUGUUCGCGCAAACGGUCGCGCCGAUUCUCGAGGCCACCGUCCGCAUUCUCGUUUCGCAACUCUUUGUCAAAUUCUCGCCCCUGUGGCAACCUGCGGUCGACGCUGUUCUGCAGCUCCUCGAGGAUAUCCACACGGCGCAAGCAGAGGCGCUUCUCGCUCAGGCUUUCGCGCUCACCUCUUCGGUCACGCCGCCGGUUCGGGCGUCUGCUUUCGCUCCCGCGGACUCCGCUUCGUGGGGGAGUUCCGGGAACGGACGCGGCACAGCUGGGUCUGACCCGCCCUCACAGCGAGAAGACGAGACGCCUUCUUCUGUGUCCGCGGUCGCGGCUAGUUUGUUGCGUGGAGGCGCCGCCGAAGUGAGUCGCAUGCAAGCUCGCCUGAGCACUGCGCUGCUCUCCACGACUUGGGAGAUUGUCACGGCGCAGGUGACGCAAGCUGUCUCCGAGUUGGGCGCAACGCGGCCCGCGAAGCGAGCCCCGGUGGCGCCUGUGGGUUGCCGAAACGCGGAGGCCUGCGAAAUGCGAAGCGGAGACGCUUCACGGACAGGCGCCGAACGAGAAGAGACAGAAGGCCCGACUGACGGCGCGAGAAGACGGCGAGACGUCGAGGGGCAAGGCACAGGCGGAAGCGUGAAGGCAAACGCUUUCAGCCAAUGGUUUGUGCGGACAGAGUGGAAGAGAGCUCUCGGCGACGACGAGGAAGACGUGACCGACCCCCUCAGUCGACACACCCGUCUGCUGCGUCUCGUGGAGGGCAUCAUGGGAAGCUACGGGAAGGACGCGUUCGUUGCGUCGCGGCGGGCAGAAGACGCGGCAGCGGAGGCGGUUAAAGAGGGGAACGAGCAGGAGGAAGAGACGGAGCAGGGAAGCAGCAAGGGGGAAGGAAGCAGCAAGGGGGAAGGAAGCAGCAGGCGGGAGGGAAGCAGCAAGGGGGAGGGAAGCAGCAAGGGGGAGACUGCGGGCGACAACGCGUCAGCGAACGAGGUUACGCAGACCCCUGAAGCGGGAACAAAGUCCGCGGGCGACGUCGGCUCCACGCCAGUGCAAGGGACAAAGAAGAAAACGCGAGCGAGGAAACGAGAAGACUCCCGCGUGCUCUCGGGUACCCGCCACGGCAUCCUGCGCCGCCGGGAGGCCCUGAGGCGGUUCAACUGGCUGCUCCGGCAGACGCUGUGUGUGGUGGAGACGCUGACAGAAGGCGGGGUAGACGGAGCGGCGAGCCCCGACGAAGGCCACCCGAGAGGAGGGGGGAAUCCCGACAUUGAAGCUGAGGAAGGCGAAGAAGAGGAAACGCCCGAGGAAGUGCCCACCUCGGCGGUUGCUUCGGCUUCUCGGGGCGAAGACACCACUGGCCGCGGGAACGACGAAGAACUGUUCAGAACCCACACGGUCUCCCUCAUCCCUCGUGCCUGCGACUGUCUCCGCGCGGUCGUGGCGCUCGCGCGGGUCGACGCAAAGUGUUUCCUGUCCCCAUCUGAAAAACGCGCGUCUUCUUCCGGUAGCAAUCAGAGCGUUGUUGUCGCGCGUGGCCGCGAGACAGAACGAAAAGGCGACCAUGCGGUGGACGACCGCGACGAAAGAAUGGCCCUGUUUGAAGAAGCGGCCGAAGCAGAGAGACUCUGGUCUCGGCUUCCUGCCGUCUGCGCUCAACGCCUCGUCACCAUUGCAGAUGUGUCCCUCCAACAGCUCGUUAUCCAGGUGCUGCAGCUGUCGCCCGCGCUGCGGCCGGAGCUCGCGCCGUACGCCCCGCUGCUCCUUCAGCUGAUCAGCGAGAAGAGCUCGAGCAACGCCCUGCUGCGGCUUCGCCUCACAGAGAGCGAGGGCGAAGAGCGAAAAGAAGCCUCUGCGGUAGAUGGCACGCAGACGAAGCCGGAGACGCCGACCCGGGAGAAGGAGAAGGGGACAGGAGCGGAACUGGUUGUCGUUCAGGAACAACAUCGCCACUUGAUUGUUCCUCUGGUCGUCCGCAUCCUGAUGGCAAAGGUGCAACACCGAGCGGCAGGGCGCUCUGCUGCGGCGGUGUUCGCGGAGCGUCGAAACGUCUUCGCCUUUCUCUCUUCCGUCGCUGCAGCCGAGCUGCCUCUUCUCAUGGCGAUUCUGCUGUACCCUCUUGUCGACGUCCGGGUUACAUCCCAGGAAGCGUCGACGGCCGACCCGUCCCCAGCGCCGCCUUCCGUUUCUUCCGCAUGUCCCGUUUCUCCCUGCUCACCCGCUUCCUCUGCCUCCUCGCUUUCUGGAUUUCUCAAAGAGCAAUACCUGUGCGCCUUCGUCGCUGCUCAGCUGAACGCGUCCGCCUUGUCUCCGCAGUCCCCGCUGCCUCCGGCCGAGCACCCAAAAGACGCAGUGCUGGCUCGGCAGACCAGACCCGUGGCUUCGCCCGCGGUUCUCGGCGAGUGCACUGUGGGUGUGGGUGGAGACGGCAGCGAGCGGUCCACGGGGGCGGAUAAGACGCGCGUCACUGUGAGUCUCGCGCCGUGCUGUCUGCCACCGAAUGUCUCGUCGCGCCUCCCUGGAUGCUGCAAGACUCUCCAGCAGCUCCAAGACAUGCUGAAGCGGCUGCUCUUCCCGGCAACGCCGUUCCUGCUGCUCUUCUACCGGACGCUCCUUCAAAACAUCGUCUGCGUGCCGGCUGCCGCGCCGGCGCUGACCUCUGCUCUUUCCACAGCCCAAGAGGGCGGCCCGAGGGCCGAGGAACUCGCCGAGCCGCCUUCUGCGUCCAGCGCCGCCGGGCGCGCGUAUGUGAAGCAAACUGUGCACCUCUGUCUGGUGCUUCUUCGCCAGCUGCUGGAACUCUUUCCGGAAGUCUCCGCUGCCUGGCAAGACAUCCUGAAGCCCGCAGGUCCAGCGCUGCAACAACUCCUCGAAGCCGCUGUCGCUACCGCGGCGGCCUCCCCUGCAGGCGGGCGUCAGCGUGACGAGGGGAAAAAGCAGAAGAAAAACCUCCCAGCCAUUGUCUCCUUGGUCUGUUCGUGGGCCGCUCAGCCUGCGUACUUCUCAUUCUUUUGUUCAGUCGUCCCCGAGGCUCUCCCCACGCUGUUUUCGGUCCCGGCUUUGCCCGCCGUUCUUCGGCGCGUGGCGCCGACCUUUGCGGGCCUUGGAAGGAAGGCCUACAGUUCGGGGCAUUUAGGGCGAGGUAGUGGUGGGUUCGCUGGUGGGGGGGCGACCUCUGGAGUGCUGGAGGCAGUGCUGGAUGCCGCGCUUCUUCUGUCUGCGGGUGGCCUGGACCGGGAGCGAGAAGAAACGAUUGCGGCCUCUUUCCAGGGGGAGAUCAAGGACCUGAGGCGGCGACGAAGAAAGACUCGUUCGCGCGGCAGACAGGCGUCCCAGGGCGCAACGAAUCGGGCACGCGGCUCCGCUCUUUCGUCCUCUUCAAGUUCGGAAGAGGAGAAGGAGAUCUGGGAGGAAGAAGACGAAAUUGCGCAACGACGGCAAGAGCUGCUUCGCCAGCAGCGCGAGUUAGAGGCAGAGCGAGAGCAGCACGAACGCGAAGGCAUGGCGACGCUGCUUCCACAUGUCGGCCGACUCCUCGCGUCUCUGGAAGUUCUCUUCCAGCAUCGGCGGAUGGCGGCUCUCGGCGGCUCCGAGGCGCGAGAGCCCAGCGGGGGCGUGGGCGCGAGUGGGAAGGAAAGAGAGGAAAAGACGGAAAGGGAAGAGAUGGACGUGGAUUCCGACAAGAGUGCAGAUGAGGCAUCGAAGGAAGCCGGAGAAGCGCACGCUGAGGAAGAGAAGGAAGACGGGCAAGAGCGAGAGGAAGAAGCGUUUACGUCUGGUCCCCGACGCAGCCUCUUUGGGGUGGUGCGAAUGAAGGAGCUGCAGCUGCUGACUCGGAUUGCACGCUACGCUGUUGAAGACGGCGGCACGUCUUCACCUCCGCCGGCUGGCCACGCGACGCUGGCACCGCCAGUCGUACCCUCGCCUCGAGACAACGGAGAGUCUAGUGCUGGGGUACCGUCACCUUCCCUGUUUGAGCCUUCACUCUCCUUGUCGCCGCUGUCUAGCUCCGCACGCCAAGAACGGUUUUCCGUCGUUCUUCGUCUCAUCCGUCUCCUCGUCCAGUCUCUGCCUUCUGCGUCCGUGCUCCCCUCCCACGCGCCUCGCCUCGGAACCCCGUCGAGCACGUCCCGACUUCUCCUCUCGCUCGAGGCUCUCCUGCAGCUGGCCUUCCCUCUCGCGUCUCAGGUUCGCGCCCUCCGCGAAGCGGAGCAAGCGGCGCAGGAAAGGACGAGGACGCCCACGGCCGAAUCUCCGAGCCGCGGAGUCCCAGAGGACUCACGUCCUGACUGUGGCAUUUCUGAGAAGUCAGGGAACGCUGUGUCGCCGUCCGCCUCCCCCUCUUCGCCGUUAUCUCUUUCCGAGCUCAAAGAUGUGCUGACGGCCAUGUACCGGCACUGCUCCGUGCUUCUCCAGAGCACCGUGUCAAGCGCGUGCCGCGCCGCAGUGGCCAAGCUCUUCGUCGCGGUCGAGUUCGCUGCAUGCGGCGUGCGUCUCUUCUCCUCGGACGAGGAACUGGACGCAAAAGUCGCGACGCAGAUCGAGCGGCUGCUCAGCCGGCCGACGGGACCAGUCGAACUGGGCCUCGAAGACGAAGUGGGGGUGGAAGCGAAAGGUCGGCGGCUUGUGGCCGCGCUGGUGCCUGGCGGAUCUCUGCUUCGAGCGCUGUUGGGCGAGAGGGAAGAGACCAGCGGUGGAGACGCGCGAACAGGGAAGGCCGUGGGCGCCGCAGGCGCUCCGAACAGCAACGGACAAAGCGAGACACAAACGCCCGUGUUCUGUUCGCUGCUGCAUCGAGCGCGUGCUCUGGAAGAAGGCGGAAGCGCACGACGACAGGGCCCGCACGGUUCGCCAAGUGACGGCGCAGCCGACGUUGAGACCCCACGAGGAAGUGAGCCCGCACCGGCCACACCAGCAGUCGACAGCCGAGACCUUCUUUUGUCCCAGUGGCGACUGUCUGUGGCACUGAUUCUGUUCGCCUUGAAUUCGCGUCGUGGGCAGACCAGUCUUUCGCGCGGGCUGGCUUUGCCUCUCCUCGCAGACGACGAAGAACAGCCGGACAGCAGCAUGCAGCUCAUCGUCCUGCCUGCACUCGUCGCCGGCGCGUCGAUUCGGGGACUCCCCGCGUCUGCGCCUUCCUUCUCUGGAGAGGAAGGCCAGAUUCCGCCUCCUUUGUUGGAACCGAUUAUCCGGCACUGCUUGUUUCUCCUAGCCGCGGCGUCCGUCGAGUGGUCCGUUCAACAAGCCGCAGCAGCGACGCUCAAAGCGGUCGUUGACUCGGUCGCGCUGCAGGCGCCUAAAUUGCCUGCUUCAGCCUCUCUCUCUGCUUCGUCUUCCACGAGUGUUUUGCAGUCGGUAAAGCUGCGCAUGCAGUUGCUGGCUCGCCUCGUGAUGCCUUCUGUUCGGGCGCAGCUCAAGUCUCCUGUCGACGCUCAGCAGAGACAAGGUUUGCAUUUCCUAGCGUACGUGGUCCGCACACUCGCUCCCGUCGCCUUGCGGCUUCCCUCUCUCUCUACGGGUUCUCCCGCGUCUCCUGACUCAGAGACGAAACGCAUGCGCCAGCUCGACAAGACGUUCCACCUCGACUUGUCUGUUCUUCUGUCGGUUCCUCCAAAGGACGCGACCGCCUCGCUCUCGGUGUCGGCCGGUGGCGAGCGAAGCGAAGAGCACGCGGAGACGCUCGAGUGUAUGGAGCCGAGAAAACCGAAGCCAGGGACGGAGGACGCAGGCGGUGAUUUCUUCCGCGACUUCCUCCACAUGCAGAGGCAUCGCCAAGGGCGCGCGUUGCAGCGGCUCGCCCAGGCAGCUCGGCAAAAAGAAAUUGGCGCCACGACGCUUCGCCUCGUCGCACUCCCCCUAUGCUUCUCCUCGCUGCUCCAGCGGGCGAGUCUCCGACCUCGAAGUGAGGAAGAGCGAAAGAAGAAAAACAACUUUUUGAGGAAGGAAGUCUUUCACCAGGGUCUUGCGGAGCAGGCAAUCAACUGCUUGGAAGCCUGCUCUCAUCGCCUGAAGUGGCCUGUGACGCUCAGCACGGUCCGCCUUCUCUCGCGCUUCCUCUCGGACUUCCCCGAGAGAGAGGGCUUCCUCUUCAGGGCCAUCUGCGGGGUUGUGCGGGCCUUUGAAGCGCACGUCAAACAGGCGGUCAGCGAAGCGCUUCACGGGGACUCCGGCGCAGACGGCGAAGCCGGAAAGGAGAAGACAACGCGCGGGAGAAAGACAGCGGGCGAAGCCGAAAGAGACGAAGACGGCGGGGGACUCCAGGGACACACCACUGAGGGAGCACAGGAGAGGUUUUCAGAAGAAGACGAAGACGAGGGCCUCUCGGAGAGUGAAGACGAAGAAGAGGCAAGGCGCCAAGACCGCGCUCAGGGGCAACUUCGGGCCCGACACCGUCUCGAGCUGAUGCACGCUCGGAUGAAGGCAGACUUGCUUCCUCUUCUUUUCCGCCUCGCUUUCGGAGGAUCUGGGAAGAAACCGUCUGCAGGCGAGGACCAACUCGUCGCCUCUCAGACGGGUUCUUCCCAGGUCCGAAGUGCACAGAAGGAUCACGAACAGAACGUCAGGCCACCCAUCGUGGCGGUUCUGCUGCUUCUGAUCCGCCUUCUUCCUUCUACCGACUUCUACCAGAACCUUCCGAAGCUGGUCCGCAGUGUCGCGUUCAACCUGCGUUCGCGAGACAGAGACAUCCGCCGGAAGGCCCGAGGCGCACUCGUCUCCAUGGCGGUGAGCCUGGGCCCGAGUUUCUUCUCCUUCCUCGUUUCAGAGGUCAGCGUUCUCCUACGAGACCGGAAACCGUCCAGCAAGAAGGGUGGCGCUCAGGAAGAAGAUGUCGCUGGCAACAGCGCACAAGCCUUCUACCGCCCGGUGCUCCUCUUCACCGUCCACGCGAUGCUCAAGGGGGUCUUGGACGAGGACGAGAAGAAACGCGGAGACACAGACAGCCCACUGUUCGACGAGAAAGACACGAAACGCGAAGAAGACGGAGGCAUCGACAAGGCUCUGCCACUCCUGCUCCCCUUGGUUGCAGAGGAACUAAGCCGAGUCUCCGAUCCGGACCGACCUUUCCAGGAUCCGUCGACGACCCGGCAGCAUUCCAAGAUCGACGAGGCGCGCCACUUGAAGGGCCCGUCGUUGGUGUUUCUCCUGGCGUCUUGCUCAUCGUCAUCGUCCUGCGCUUCGCUUCUUCUCCCCUUCCUGUACUCGCUCCUGGGCGGCAGACGGCGGCAAGGCGACACCGUCUCCUCGGCGUAUUCCCCCGCGUACUUGGAGCGCGUGAAGGAUCUGUUUCUCCACUUUGUCAAGGGCGCGAACAAAAAUCGGUCUCUCUCCCCGUUCUUCUUCUUUCUUCUCUCCCGGCGUCUCCUCACGCUCACCGUCGCCCUGCUGCAGACUCAGUUGCUUCAUCCUUUGCAGCUCGAGCGCGCAGGAAGAAAGCGCGAGCACCUCGAGUUCCUUCUCGCCAAGCAAGAGCUCCGGCGUCAACAAAACGGGGCGCGGCGGAGGAAAGCGAAGGCUAUUUCGUCCCGAGAUGCCAGCCUCCCGGCGCCUCGCGAGGAGGGAAGCCUGCUCGCGGAGCGGUCGUCUCCGGCUGUGCCCGAGGACCGCGCCGACGGAGGAUCUCGAAAAGGCAGAGAGGCUGGCGACGGGCGCAGGGGGUGCGAGCGCGAGGCCGCCUUCCGAGAAGACGCCGCGUUUUUUUACUGCAUGCUUCUCAAGUCGGUGGUCGGGUCGCCAGACGGCGGGCAACCGAAGUCGGCGCGUCUUCCUGGUUCCUCGGAACAGAGCGCCCCUGGCGAAGGAGACGACGAGGCUCGGAGCGACGAAGAGGGCGCGGCAGGGAAGGCGGCGGAGGAAGACGCGGAUCUUCUUCACGCGCCAGGGAGCCUCGACGAGGCCAUGGCGCUGGCUCGAGAGAGACGGCUGGACGGGCUCCGAGCUGCGGUGGCGGCAAAGAAGGACCGGGCCAUGGUGACGCAGCCAGGAGCUGCGAAAGGCAUUUCUCUGGAGAAGGCGCUCCAGAGGAAGGGUGUGGAUGUCUACACGCGCCAGGGCUUCGACAGCACCAGCAGAGCCACGACGGUCGGGUUCACGGGUUUGCGUCUUCUCCUUUCCGCGCUGAAAAGGUGGAAGUUCCUGGUCAGAAAGACCCAGGGAAAGCCGGAGGUGCGUCCUCAGACAGCGCAAGGCAACCUUCGGGCGGAACUCGAGAAGACCGUGUUCGCGCUGCUCAUUUGCUUCUGCAGCAACAUCACCGAGUUGAUUUCCUGGACGAUGCGCUGUCUUCCGCAUCUCCUCCCCUUGCGCCUCUCUGCUUUGGAGUCCCGCGGGGCGAUCAUCGCGAACACGACCCUGCGCCUCUUCCACAACACGGGUGGCGGCUGGGCGUCUCGCCGAGCCGAAGACCACCAGCUGUUUCUCGCGUGUUCGCGACUGCUUCCUCUCCUCCUUCUCCAUCCUCAAGGGGACAAAUGGUUUGCCGCCGCGCUGAACGCGCACGUUCGCGUGCCGCAGACGCACCGCCAGCUGAUGCUCCUCGAGAUGGAGAGAGAGAGUGCCCGACGGCGAGCGGAGCAGAAAGAGAGCGCGCACGCAAAGAGAGGUGACGCCGGCGAGGACGAGGAAUCCGACAGCUCGUCUGAAGAGCGAGAGGAGAGCCGAAGCGACAAAGAAGAGGGCGACGGUUCUGGCCUGGCGAGCGACACAGGGGAGGCAGACGGCACUCGGGCGGGGAGAAGGUCCGAGGACGAGAAAGGCGAGGGAGAGGAGGCGCUAGUGUUGUCCGAGACGCAGCUGAGACUUCUGAGGGAGGAGGAAGAGAAGAGCCGGCGAGGCAAAUCUGGCGCGGAGACCCGCCUCGAAGAAAACUUCAAGGAGGCGCUGCUCGCUCAGAUUCUGCACGCUCUCGAAAGCCCGCAGCUCCGCCUCUCCGGCCUGAUGCUGUUCAAAACGCUGGUGCUGCCGCACUAUCGGGACGUGGCCGCUGCGGCUUUGACGGCUGAAGGGGAAGGCGACAAGAAAGGUGGAACAAAACGCGACAAGAGUGCGCGAGUUAAGAAGCCGAGAAAGAAUAUCGGGGAUUGUACGCUCUUGCGGGACGUCUACCGAGGCAUCGACACAAUCGUUCGCCUCAUGAUUCAAGAAGCUGGAGAAGACGCCGAGGGACGAAGACUCGCCGCGAUCUGCGGAGAUAUAUACCCCCACUUUUUGCUGAACUUCCCAAUGACGGAAAAGACCCAACAGUAUCGCAUUCUCUUCCUCAUAAAGAAUCUCCACUACACUGCUCCCGACGGAAGACGGGCUGUCCUCAACUGCCUCCACAAAAUUCUCGUUCGGUUCCCCAAUGAGCUCGUCGUGAGUCGCUACAGCGAGGUUUUCCUUCUCGCCCUAGCGGGGCGGCUGGUGCUCGAAGAAGACCGCACUGCGCACGAGAUGCUCCGCAUGCUUCUGCUUCUUCUGCUCGACAUCGCGGAAGAAACCGACGAUCCGGAACACUCGGCAGCCAGUCUCUUUCAAACCGCAGUCACGGUCUUCCUUCAACCGGAGAUCCCGAAGAUCAUGGCUCUCCAAGAGUUCGUUCUGGUCUUCCUCGACAGCCAACGCGUGCGAGUGACGUCGAUCCUUCCGCGCGUGCUUCCGCUUCUUCACCGCAUGCUGAUUCUCGCCUCCGACAGCCACGCCCGCGAAGGAUUUGCGGAAUCUCGCGAACUGUUUCCGGCAUCCCGAGACUGGCGGGUGACCUACAAGGCCCUCCUGGCUUUUGAGAAACUGAUGUUCUUUGUCCAUCCGUCUCAGCUUGAGGCUCUCUUUUCUCGGGCUGCCCGCGCCACGCCGGGAAGCCGAGGCGGCCAGCCUUUCUCCGUGGUGGCGGCAAACGCAGACGAAGACGGAAACGACGAAGCUCGUGGCGAAAGCAGAGUAGGGGAGCAGCUCGAGACGCAAGUCGCCGAACGGAUCUUGGGGGCUUGCCUGUUCUCGCCAGCGAGCGGUAUAAAAGCCGGGAGCGAGGCACGGAAGACAGCGCAUGAGCGCUUGCUGGUAGACGAGGGCGUGGACGGAGAGACCGACGCACGUUUCUCUUCCGCCUCUGUUCCGAGGAAGGAUCUAUUGCUAGGGGCAGCUGUGGGGCGGCUUUGGUUGGAGGCGGCGUGUGAAGGCUUGAGGCACGAACACCCUUGGCUGCGGGCUGUUUCGCUUCGCUGUGUCGGGGCGUAUAUCGCUGCGAAGCCUGCGCGGUCGUACAGUCUUUCUACGCCUUGCCUGCUGUACCUGCGAGGCAAGUCCCCCGCUGGGUCCAAACAGCCCAGUCGCGAGGACGCCUCUGCGUCCCCUGCGAGUCCUGGCGCAGAUUUAGCUUUGGCUGCGCUCUCGCCGUUCUGCAAAGAGCUGUUUCUCGAAAAGAACCCUGCGGCGGUCCUCUCGGCAAGGGCUUUGAUUCUGCCUCUCUUCCAACUGGCGCUGAAUCGGCCCGACCUCGUUUUCGUCCCUCCCAGGCCACGCCGGUCUCGGGCGGAGAAUGGCGACGAAGGGGGCGAAGAGGGAGAAGACGUCGAAGAAGACGUGGACGAGAGACAGACUGGAGCUGAGGAGGAGAGCGGUGGCAGUGAAGAGGAGGCAGGAGAAGAACAAGAGGCAGAAGAGGAGAACGAGGAAGAGACAGGCGAUGAAGGAGAAACCCGAGAUGGAACGCUUGCGCCUAGCGAUGAGGCGGAAGAGGCAAUGGACGAAGACCCGCUCGAAUCCUCUCUGGACAGCCACGACACUCAGGCGCAUGCGGGGAAGAGACGAAAGCUCCCAAGCGUUCCGAAAAAAGAAUCCCACAAACGCGUCCAGGUCGCCGCCGCUCCGGGAAGUCGAGGAACAGCGGAAGGCGCCGAACAGGGAGGUGAAUCCGGGGACGAACAAGACGGAAACGAAGAGACGUUUGGGGCGUCUGACCAGUCACAGCAGGAUGAAGAAGAGGAAGGCGAAAAGGAGGACGUCGAAGAGGGGCACAAGGGCAGCGAACGAGACGCGAGCGGGUCUGAUCGGGAGCUCGAGGAAGAAGGCGAAGACACCGGCGACGACAGUGAAGACGACAGUGAAGACGACAGGGAAGACGAGGAGGCAUCAAGCUCGGAGGCCUUAACUCUGCAGGUUCUUAUGCGCCCGUCAGAUGUGCUUUCGUCUCCCUCCGAGAAUGCCUCUUCCAAUUCUUUCGCCGCGGGUCUCAGAGAAGACAGUUCCACGGACCUCUUGGCGUUUGAGAACAAGGCAGCGGCUCUCGCAUGCAAUGCCGACUCGCUGGUUUUCUCGGGUGGGGGUCAGCUACCUCGUCCUACAACGCACCAGGGAGAGCGAGCAAAACGGCAGAGAACAAAUGAGGAGAUCGAGGCUCUUCCGGAGGCCGACAAAGGGAGACAGGGGCAGUUAAAUAGGGGGGAGACGCAAGGAGACUCGCUGUCGUCGGAGGUUCUCGCACACCUCAGCGCAGUGUCGGUGCCGGGGCGAGAGAGUGCGGCGGCGCAAAACGAAAACUCCCAUCCGUUGCUCUUUUUGGUGAGGCGCCUCAACUUUUGGUUGAGGCGCCACUUGGGAACGCUUGGAGCCCACCGCCGAGCCGGUCUGAAGAAGGGUUCCCCAACAACAGGUCGAGAGGGUGCGCAAAAACAAGGUGAAGAUCUCUGCACGUCUGUUGUACGUGUCGGAGCCAUCCUGAGCGUUUUCCAGUCUCUCAUUCACCAGCUUCCACUCCAUCCUUCUCAGAGUCUCCCUUAUUCGGCCACUGCAUCUUCGCUCGGUUCUUCGUCCUCAUGUAGAAAACGGAAGCGCGACAGGAAGGAGGGACGUCAAGGGCUAGAGGGGACAGGGGAAGAGCAGCCGUACUCGUCUCUUAACCAACUGUUCUCUUUUUCAGAGAGACACCGCGAGCGCCUUCUGUUCCUCAUCGUCGAUGCGGUGUAUCGGUGCUCGACUGUAAUACGAGGAGGAGAAGAGGGAGGGCAUGCGAAAGAAACGAAGACGGACUCCGUGCUGCUUCAGCUGCUGAGUGCGGAGCGGGGCGAGGGCGAAAACGCCCUCGUAGGUGCGGAGGCAGACGGAGGCUCUUCCGUCGCGUCGUUGUGGCAGGCCCUCGCUUCUUUGUCACCGAGAGAACAGCAACGAGAAGUUCUAACCGGCGGCGUGUUCCUUCUCAGUGAAAUCCAAGAUGUGCUGAAGGAAGGUGGACGGGAAGAACUGGCUCUCACUCUCCUCGCUCAAGUGCGCACGUCUGUGCUCUCUCGCCGGUUGAAGCGGAAGGUCGACAGCCAGCAACAGGCACUGCUGCAGCCACAGAAAUACGCGGAGAAGAGACAAAGGCAACAACGGAAGAAAAAGCUGUCAAAGAAACGGAAGAUCGCUCUCCUCAUUGCUCAGAACCGAGGCGGAAAACGCAGAGAAAAAGCCUGA